AUGGCCAUCAUUUCAAUAGGCCUAUUCAAAGACCACAACCAGGUCUUCGACGAAGUAUACACAAUCAAAUCAACACCACCAUUAUCAUCAACAUCAACAUCAUCAACAUCAUCAUCACAAAAGAAUAAAUCAAAUACAAACACAACAACUGGUACUUAUGCCAAUACCCCCUUAGAAGCAGCCCCUUUAUUCAAUUCUACAAUUUAUAAUUCAUUCACUUCACUACACAUCUUGAAGAAACACAAGUUUAGUGUAUACAAGUUUAUCCAUAGACUAAUCCACGGGACUAAACGACUUAACGAACUAUUCCCCGCGAUCGACAAUGUCAAUUUCCUAAACAACUCAAAAAAAUUUAGCUCAGCAUCACCAGCAACUGCAACUGCAACUGCAACUGCAACUUCAACUGCAACUUCAACGAGAUUACCAUUAUCUUUCCCAAAACCAUGUGCAGUUGACGACUUGGACUUUAUGUUUGAAGGUGACAAUGCCAACCAAAUCCAGAUAUUCGACAAUGUUCACACAACAGACGACUUUGGUGCACACGAGUUUCACCAAUUUGACAAGAAUGCAUUUUAUGAAAACUUGCAAACACCCUUGUUUCAACAACAACAGCAACAACAACAGCAACAACAACAGCAACAACAACAACAGCAACAACAACAGCAACAGCAAGUCAAUAGUCAAUACCAUCCGCAAUCCAUCCCUACUUCUGCACCAAAACUGAAUAUCACUAUUCCCGAAUUUGAUGACUUUUAUGAAGCACACCAACACCAACACCAACACCACUUUGCUGCUCAAGACUUGAAUAAAUCACUACCAAUUCAGGUAGCGUCAAACAAUCACAACUUUAACGAACAUAUAUUUGAGAGAAAUGUUGGUGGUAGAUCCAAGUACAAGAUGAAUGUCUUUGAUAUCAUUCAAAAAUCAACUGUUGUCUUUUCACCAAAGACGCAAGGCACCACCUCCCAGUCUAGGGACGCCCACUUUGCUCAUGAUGGUCGUUUUGUUGAAACUCUGCAACAACAACAACUGUAUAACCCUCAGCACCAACACCAACACCAACACCAGCACCACCACUUUGCGCAAUACCAACAACAACAAGUAGAACAACAAGUAGAACAAGAUCCACAUUCAUACUUACACCCACACUCACCACCGCCAUUUUUUGAAGACUUUAACUCUUUCAACGAGCCAGAUGCAUCACAGAAUAAGAGACAGAAUAACGGCCACAAUGACCACAAUAGUGUAAUUAGCAACAGUAACUCGAAUACCAACUUUCACAACCACGAUCCUGAAUUUUCUUCAGUUUCAUCCUCUGAGAGUUUUUUGAGUCCCUUGGAUGAUGAAUUCUUUGGCAAGUUUAAGCAAUCAAACCAUAUGAAUACUCGUUUGCAACCCCAAACAGAGCAGCAACUGUCACUAUUAACCAUUGACUUUGCUCAACCUCAAACUGAAUCACGCAAGAGAAGAUACGAAAGCUCAUCAAUAUCUACACCAUCAUCUCUGCAAAUUGAUUCAGAUAUUCCUGUAUCCCCAACAACAGCAGCGACAACAACAACAAAAACAACAACAACAACAACAGCAGCGGCAGCAGCAACAAUUGUCAUCAAAAGCAAGAAAUUAAAAACUUCUUUAAAUAGACAAGUGAAACCACUCAAGUCCAAGUCGCGCACUUCAAGCUCAAGCUCAAGCUCAAGCUCGGGGAUGGGCAUAGGCACAGGUACAGGCCCAAGUCGGGGUUCUGCAGUACCCGUCGCAUUGGCAAGGAGAAACAAUACAGAGUUUGACAACAAGCUUGAUGGUAAACUUGACGCAUUGAAUACCGCAACUGUCACAACGACUACUACCACGACAAACAACACUACUGUGCGCAAACUCUCCUUCACUUCCAAAAACGGCAAGGUUGACCAUAUAUUUGAAUGUCCACAUUGUGAAUCACAUUUUACAGUAAAGGGAUAUCUUACACGCCAUCUCAAGAAACAUUCCCUUGCCAAGGCAUUCUCUUGUCCCUUUUACCAGGACACUACGACUGACUCCACUGCAAGCAAACUGGGCAACGGAAGCAACAACAAUAACAUCAAUAGUAGCAAUGGAUUUGCACUUUCGGGAACCAAAUGUCACCCCACCGGUGGAUUCAGCCGUCGCGACACGUUCAAGACACAUCUCAAGGCCUUGCAUUUCAUUUACCCACCAGGCACAAAGUCAAAUGAUCGUGGGUUAUACAGUGGACGCUGUGCCGGAUGUUUUCAGUUUUUUGAAAACAAUACGCAAUGGCUUGAGAAUCACAUUGAAAGUGGCGAGUGUCAAGGAACAGUUGCAAUGAAGGAGAAAUUGAGAAGACAGUUGGAGACGGAGUGUGGAAAUGAGGAGAAUGACGAAGUUGCCACUUUUGUCGAGUCAAUGGGAUUGAAGGUGCAAGGUACUGGUCAAGUAGGAGCACAAGAUGAAACUCAAGUACAAGCAGAGACAGAGACAGAGACAGAGACAGACGCAAAGGGAGAAACCACCAAUGGUAAUAAUGAUACUGAGAAAAAUGCAGCAAAUGGAUACAAGAGCAAAAGCGAGUUUGAUGCUGAGUUGAGGCACCAUGCUUCGCAUUAUAUCAAACAAGAAGUCAUUGACUAA